AUGGGACUAUCCAAAAAUUUACUUAAAUCUGAUCAAUUUUGUCCCAAAAUUGGGAGCUUGCGAUUGUUUUCAAGAAAUCAGUCCAUGAACUUAGCACAAAAUCUGUCUAUGGCUGACAUGAAAAAUCCAAUCGAAUUAAAAACUGAAGCUAAUGAGCUUUUUAAAAAAGGGCUAUACCGAGAAGCUAUUGGCUUAUAUGACGAAUGCCUUGGUUUAUAUGGGGUUGAUAAGAGUAUGAAAUUGGUGUUACAACGCAACAAAGCCCAGUGUUUUUUAAACCUGAGAAACUUUGGUGACGCCCUGACGGCUGCACUGGAAGCUCUCAGUAUCUCUCCUGGUGAUCCAAAGGCGCUCUAUCGUUGUGCACAAGCAUAUGAAGGUAAAGGAAUGUUAAAAGAAGCUUUAGAAACUGGAAGAAGGCUUAUUCUGGUUGACCCUAAGAAUAAAGCAGCUCAGAAUCUGACUCACAAACUGGAAACUUCAGUUGCUUCGUACGUCGCAGAAUCUGAAAGCCUUACAGGGAAACUAAACAAGAUGUUCGACAUCGUAAAUGACAACUCCAGCUCUGCCGAUCAAAUAGAACAGGCUAUAGUUAAUUUAUCUAUCUUGAUAAAAGAAAACCCCAAAGUUGCAAGUUCGCUGAUCUGGACAAAUCCCAGUUUGUCGAAGAUUUAUUCCGUUUGCCGGAACUUUAAUCAUAAGUUGACCAUUGCUUGUCAUCGUUUGUUGGCUCAGCUUGUGGAAAAUGAGCGAGAUCGGGGUCUUACUGUUUUACAUGAACUUACACCACAGUAUUUUGUAAACGGGAUAUUUUCACGUAAUCCUGACCAUUCGCUGGAACGAUGUCGAUUUUUAAAUGCUAUAUUGGAAUCACUUACUCAGUUGAAAGCUUAUCAUUGUGCUAAAGAAGCUGCAAGCGUUCAUGAGGAGACUGAAAGUAAAAAAGUCGCACCAUGUUCUUACCCGAAAUACAAGAUUGACUCUACAGUUGAAAAGCCAGUGGAGGAAAUUUUAACAAGUCUUCUUCGGUCUGUAAAUAGCUAUCGGUUAUGCCCCAAAACUCGAGACUAUAUUUUGGAAAUAUUGGUUAGAUAUGUACCAUCUGAUAAAGGUAUUGGAUGGUCACAGAAAAUUUUUAAAAUAGAAGGUGUUAUCGAUUCUUUACUAGAGAUAGCUUGUGCAAGUGGAAUAACCUCAUUAAGAAAUUGGCGUUCAUCUCGUAUUAAUAAACAUACCAAUAAAGAACUAAUUUCUAAUAAACAUGAAAUAUCAUGUCAAAAUUCACCAGAUGGAAUUCGUUUAGCUACUACAAGUGAUACACGUAUGACUGUAGCUUGUUUGUUAGCUAAAAUAUGGGAUGAUUUAACUUCAGACAAAAGUCGAGAUGAAUACACCAAAAUAUGCAAAGAUUUUAUCAUUGAAUUAUUCGCUGAUAACUAUAUAGAAAGUAAGGUUGAAGCUGCUUCAGUUAUUGGUACAUUAUUCCUCGGACCUUAUGAAGUUGGAUCAGGAAUAAUUUCUCAAGAAGGGGUUUUUGAUGGUCUAUUACUUCUUACACAAUGUGAGAAUAAACUUUAUCAGACAGUUGCAUUAGAUACAAUUGUAAUUGCCACACAUAAGAAACAACAAUGUUUAAGUAUAAUUUCUAAAGCUGUUCCUUUAUUACAAUCAUUGUAUAAAAGUGAAAAUGAUGGUACUAGAAUUCGAGCACUUGUUGCUUUAUGUAAACUUGGUGCCGCUGGUGGUACAGAUGCUAGUGUGAAAAGUCUUACAGAAGGCUCUAAUCUACUUCUUCUCAAAGCAUGUCGUCGGCUAUUAUUGGGUAAACGACAACCAGAUCCUGAUGUAGAUGAUAUUUCUGCAAAUAAAUCAGCCGAUGUUCAUUUUAAUUCUGAAGGAGAAGUUGUUGUAGAUGAUAAUGAUGACGAUGAUGAUGAAAUUCGAAUUGAAGACGUAUCAGCUAGUCAACCAGUGGAGAAAAGAAAGGAUAACAAACCUGUAAAUGGUUCUACUGCUAGUACUAUUCAUUUCGAUGAUUUAGAUUCUGCUCAUUGGGCUGUUGAAGGUAUGGCUUAUAUAACAAUGAAUGCAGAUGUUAAAGAGGAAAUAAUUAACGAUGGUCAUUUAGUGUCAGCUUUAUUACGUUUUGCUGAACAUUGUCAAAAAGACUCAUCAUUUGCUUUAUGCAGUGUUUUAGCUCAUUUAACGAAUAGUUUUGAACGUCAACAAAUUGAACCGGAAAUCCUUGAAUUAGCGAAAUUUUCUAAACAACAUAUUCCAGAAGAUCAUCCAUACGAUUCAGAUGCAUAUAUUCAAGAACGUCGUCAAAAAUUAAUCAAUAUGGGUUUAGCUUCUUCAUUAUAUCAGUUGACAAUGCGUGUAGCUACUGCUUUGGUCGGAACAAAUCAGGGUUUGUUCGAACUAAUUUCUCGCAUUUAUUUAGCCUGUUCCGAAUUAGUUGAAUGUCGUGGUAAACUUGUACAAGGUGGUUCUGGGAAAGCUCUUCUUAAAUUAUCAAAGAGUACUUUGAAUACCGAUACAGGUAAAACGUUAGCUUCUCAAGCUCUUGCUCGUUUAACUAUCACUGCAGAUCCACGUGUAACAUUUCCAGGACAAAAGUCAUUGGAACUUGUUCGCCCACUGCUUCAUUUAAUUCAUGCAGAUUGUAAUGCAUUACAAAAUUUUGAAGGUCUAUUGGCUUUGACAAAUUUAGCUUCAUUGGGAGAUACACAUCGUUAUCGUAUCAUGGCAGAACAUGGAUUACCGUUAAUUGAUCACUGUCUUUUUGAAGAUCAUCCAAUGAUCAGGAGAGCUGCAACAGAAUGUGUAGCUAAUUUAGCUCAAUCUCAUGGCUUUGUUAUAUCUUCCGGUGGUACUAUUCCUUUGGAUGAUACAGAUUUAGCUAAGAAAUUAUCAUAUCUUACAUGUCCUACAGAACGUGUAAAAUUGCUAGUUUUAUAUUGUGGAGAAUUAGAUGAUUUACUUCUUGUACGUGCAGCUUCUGGAGCUUUGGCCAGUAUGUCAUAUGAUCCAGGGAUUAUACGGAAAAUUACUAAUGUCUCCUCAUGGUUUGAGAUUAUUCAAACACUAGCUGGGCACUUUUCAUGCGCGUUACAACAUCGAGCCGCUCAUAUCUUGCAAAACUUUGUUCUACAUGGUGAACGAUCUCUUGGUGAAUACUUUUGCAAAUCAAACAUGUUUGAAGUUCUAUUAUCAUUGAGUCUAUUGCCAGAUAUCGAUCCGGCGGAUCAAGUGCUACCGGAUAUUAAACCUUUGUAUCCCGGGUGCAGUGAUGGACGUAUUCGGGAAUUAGAACAAAAAGAUCGUGAGAGCACAAGAGAAUGUUCCAAAAAAGCUUUAGAACGUUUAAAAGAGCUUGGACUUGUGCAGAAAAUUCCGAACUAAUGAGAAGAAAUAGUCGUUAAAAUAACAAUGAACAAGUCAGACAUACGCAUUUCCAAUUUUUACUUUAAAAAAAUUAUUUACUGGUUUUUAUGCAUGUUGAUUUAUUUUAUGAAAACUUUUAUUUGUUAGUAUUUUUACCGAAUUUAUCAAUUAAAGCCCACCGCAUGUUGCCUUAAAUAUAAUUUAUAUCUCAUAGAUGCUUUUUUCUGUUUAUAUUUACCUACACAUAGUU